GCUGUGCAGUGCGCUUGUCAAUUGAAGUGAAUUUGGGUGGAGGUUAGCGUCGCAUCUGUGUCACGAAAUCUUCAAGUUCGAUACUUCUUCCCGUAGUUUCUGUCACUUUUACGAAAGAACGGAACAAUAUCGCAAAGAUGGGCGAGAAGACUGAGCACAUCGUCAUGACGCCGAAAUGCAAGACAGCGAACUCCACAACAUUGAUAAUUGAGAGACAGGCCCUGGAGCCACCAGCAGAAAACAGGAACGAGAACAAUGUUCAUAUCGCUGGUGGGGAUCACAAGGGGAUUGUUAUCAACAAACAGGUUGUGGCCGUGACAAAUGGUGAGGUGCAUCCUGCCCAACUAUGCCUCCAAUUUAGGGUGUUCCUGGUAAGCGCACAAACUGGAAAGCACACACAAGAACAGAGAACUCUCCAAUUUUGGUUUGUCGAUACGCUCGUCGAGACAGAACAGCCAAGCGUUGCGCAAGAAUUUUUCCGAGAACUCGUCACGCCGCAGGAGUUUCCUAGAGAUUAUGUAGGAUUUAUUAAAAAGAUAAUGAAAUUGAUGCAACAUAAAUAUCCCAGUAUUAAAAAAUUAGAAGUGGAAUUGAGACAAUUGGAAGAGCCCAUUACCCUUCCAAGCAGGCCAUUAUCUACAGAUGAAAUAGUCAUGGGUCAAGUGAUUGAGCUGACGGUAGAAAAAGUUCUGGAGCUUAUUGAGUCUGCCUAUCCGAAUCCUGUUACCGUGGUUGACAUUGCAAAGGAACAUGGAUGGGAGAUAUCAGCUGUGGAUGCUAAAUUAAAAGAACUUCAAGAGAAAGGACUUGUUAAAGCAAUAGAUCAUGGAGCCUUCACACGUGUUGUUCAUGAGGAUACUCAAGUCCAAGUAGUAAAGUCGAUGCCAACGAUGGCAAGCGCGAAACAACCUACUAUUGCUAUCAUUACAGCUCAAUAUUGCGAAAAACUUGCUGUGGAUUCAUUGAUUGAAAAUAAGGAAACUUUUGUUCGCUACACCACUGUUGGAGAAUCAAAUGUAUAUACUUUGGGCAAUAUCGGUGCGCAUAGGAUUGUAUGUACUAAACUACCAACUGUAGGACAUACUAGAGAGGCAAUGACCGCAGCUGGCAAUACUACUACUAGAUUAUUAGGUACAUUUCAAAAAGUGGAUUUUGUCUUUCUUGUCGGAGUUGGUGGUGGUGUUCCUCAUUAUACAGAUUACAAUAAACACGUGCGAUUAGGCGAUGUGGUGAUAUCGCAUCCAACGCUGCUCAAUAAGAAAUAUGCGUACGUUUAUUGCGAGAGUGCCAAGAUAAACGAAAGCGAGAACUAUCAUUUUGAGACCAAAGAAUAUUGUCCACCAAAUCUUGGUCUUCAAGAAAUCGCAGCAACUCUGAAAAAACAGGCUGAAAAUGAGACGUUUCCGCCAUGGCAGGUGUAUGUGAAGGAAGGUUUGCAAAAUUUGGUUAAUCAAUCAGAACAUGAUUUUAACGCGCCACCACCAGAAUCUGAUAAACUAUAUAUGGCUAUUGGAGAGAGGGAUGUCAUCGAGGUAUCUCAUCCAAUCGCUCCUCAAGAUUCCAUAAAUAAAAGAACUGAUGGAUGCUUCCGAAUUCAUCUGGCACCAGUAGCUUCUGGUCGACAAGUCGCACGAGACGAUCAACUUAGGCAAAAGUUUGCAAGCCGAUUCGGUGCGCUCGCAUUUGAUGCAGAGAUGGAUGCUGUCGUAGAGAGUAUCUUGGGUAAUUGUCGCGAGAAUUUCAUUGUAAUCCGCGGAAUCGCCGAUUACAAAGACGGCACUCGAAUCAAAGAAUGGCAGCCAUACGCGGCACUAGCGGCAGCUAGCGUAAUGAAAGCUAUAAUCUGUGCUAUGGAUCCACCUGUUAAUGACUAAUAUCACUUCUCCUCUAGUUUUUCUAACUUUAUUCUACAUAGCGUAACAAUGCAACGCGCAUAAUUUUUCGUAGGGCAAAGAAUGAAAUUUAAAAUCAAAA